ACUCUGCUCCGCAGAGCUGCGAUGGACAACGGACGAGCUCUGAGAGGCUGGCUGCGUCUUGACGUUCUCAUGAGGCUUUGCUGCUGCCUAGCCCUUCUAGGAGUGACGCAGGGACAGUUCUUUUCGAAAACGACUAACACUAUACCACGUAUGGGCAGAAGGGCUUUUGACUACCCCCCGUUGGAAGAGCAGAGGUUGGGCCGUGUACUCGGCCUACUGCGGGCAGACCCAUCGCGUCAGUCGGUGGCAAUGGCCGACCUGGGAUAUCUACUGAGAGCGGAUGGCGUGCAGUACGGAGCCUGGGAAAGACCGACCAAUGCAGGUUGCCAUGGAAACCAGUGCCGAGUUCGGGGAGCUGCGCUGCUACCGACCUUGCAAGCCAUCGACAAUGUAUAACGACGACCCCUGAAGAAGCGGUUCCUCUUCAUCAUGGCGAAGAAGCGAUUAUUGUUCGAAAUUAAUAAAAUACAUAGACGCC